GGUUCCAUCCUGGGACAGCAUACUCAAGACUGGGUCUCACAGAGGAUGUGUACAGAACUGGGAAGGGAUCUUUGUCCAAGUUCCUGAAGGAUAACUUCUUAGACUAUCUCUGGAGAUUGUCAAGUUCAUCUUAUCCUCAUCUUAUUAGAGACCUCGACCUCACUUCGUCUCAUUACUUUAGCAUCAUCAGUCUUGUUGAGAAUGUGUGCGUGUGUGUACUCACCAAUUGGUGCCUGCAGGAACGAGCUCAAGCUCUUGGACCCCGCUUUUAUAGCCUUGUCUCAUCUCUCUCUCUCUCUCUCCUCACAGAUUCUGGACGUUUCCAGUCCGUGUUUCGUCCUUGCCACGUACACAACGUCCCGAAGCACACCGUCCUUACGUACAAGCACCUCCAGAUCACGCCGUCUCCGGAGCUGGAGUUCCCCCACGGGGCCGUCAUCGCAGCUCGGUGUGAGAGGCCGGGCAAGUACAAGCUCCUUGGAGACUCUCGACUCACCUGCACCAACGCUAAGUGGACAGGGAGAUUUCCCGUCUGUAUCCACACUAACUACUUCUCCAACUACUCCGCGGACGACUCCCCCCCGGCGCUGGACUGGUCGGUGGCGGGGGGAGAAGGGGUGCUGGACGUGGGGGGCUCCCUGGUGCUGCUCCCGGGUUCCAUCCUCCACCUGGACUGUCUCUACCCCAGGGUCCACGGCAACCCCACCUGGGGCUGGACCUCCAACUACCGCCAGUACCCCACAGGGUGGGCAAUCAGCAGGGUGGAGAGGGAGCUGCGUUACCGCCUCUCCCUCUACUACGCCAAGGUGGACGACACGGGCACCUUCACCUGCACGGCGCCUACCGGCCACGACAACUUCCUUCACAUCCUCGUUAAAGGUGUCAGCUGCCCUCCGGUCUCAGGUGACGAGGUGCUGCAGGUGCAUGGCGAUAGUGUCACGUUGGGCGCCGCCCUCACCUUCUCCUGCCCCGACGGGUUCUACUUGGAGGGAGUGGCCAAGCUCACCUGCCUGCCUUCUGGAGAGUGGUCAGGCCCUGUGGCACAGUGCCUGGUAGUCCGGUGCCCCUUGCUGGCACCUGAUGACCCUCACCUACAGCUGCAGGCGGCCAAUACCACCUAUAUGGGUGCCGCUGUGUUCACCUGUCUCCCUGGCUUCCGUCUACUGGGUCACAGCAUCCUCCACUGUACCGCAAACGCCACCUGGUCACAUCCCUUGCCCACCUGUCAAGAGGUGGUGUGUGAGGCAGCCGGGGCCCCCGAGCACGGCCGGGUGACGAGGCCCUCGUCCAGGAGGGUGGGCGAGGCUGUCACCUUCACCUGUCUCCCAGGGUACGUCGUCCACGGUCACGCCCUGGCCUUCUGCACCCAUGAUGGCACCUGGUCCCACCCCACACCCUCAUGUGUAGAGUCGUGCCCCCACCCCGGGGAGCCCCAGCACGGCCGGGUCUCGCCCCGUCGCUCCCGCUACCACGUCGGGGCCACGCUGCUGGUGACGUGUCGCCCCGGGUACCGCCCCGCGGGGCCCGACCGCCUCUCCUGCCUCCACACCCGCCGCUGGUCCGCCCCGCUCACCAGGUGUGUCCCCUCCAUCGGCUAAGUCAACACUCCGACCCGCCAAGACUCGCCCCGUCCCGACCCGUCAAGACCCACGAGCCCCGCCCCGCCAAGACCCGCCCCGCCCCGCCCCACC